AAAUUUUUGAAGGGCCUUUUGUGACGAGUACAAAUGCUUAGGAUAAGACAUCAUAACGCGCAUAGCAAAAGCACGCAAAGCUGCUUACCUCUCCCUCGCUCCCUCGUGUCACCCUUUCUCUUACUCUUCGCAUCCGAUUCUUUCGCGAAGCUAACGAAUAAUUUGCUAUAAUCUGCGUUCUUUUCUUUGUUUUGGUUACUUUUAUGCGUUUCUAGACGGUGUGUCGUUUCGUGAAAUUUCCGGUUCUUGAAUAUACGCAAAUGAAGUUUAUUUCUGAUAGUAAUUAAGAAAGAUUAGGGUUUUUAUAGAGGUGGUGGAGAUGAUUCCGUGGGGCGGUGUAAGUUGCUGCUUGAGUGGAGCUGCACUUUAUCUGCUUGGGAGGAGCAGUGGCAGGGACGCAGAGGUUCUUAAGACGGUUACGCGCGUCGAUCAGCUCAAGGAGUUGGCUCAAUUACUUGACAUUGAAAGUAAAGUUUUGCCACUCAUUGUUAUGGUUUGUGGACGAGUUUGCUCUGAGACACCUAUAAGUUGCGAGUAUAGCGGGUUGAGAGGUGUCAUAGUGGAGGAAACGGCUGAACAACACUUUCUGAAACACAACGAUGCUGGGUCUUGGAUACAAGAUUCUGCAUUGAUGCUAUCAAUGAGUAAAGAGGUUCCUUGGUACCUAGAAGAUGGGACUGGUCGUGCAUUUGUAGUGGGAGCCCGAGGUGCCACAGGUUUUGUCUUAACAGUUGGAAGUGAAGUGUUUGAAGAAUCUGGACGAUCGCUUGUACGUGGAACAUUAGACUACCUCCAAGGCCUCAAGAUGCUUGGAGUCAAGCGUAUUGAACGGCUACUUCCGACUGGCACUUCCUUGACUGUGGUUGGAGAGGCGGUGAAAGACGAUAUUGGAACAGUUCGUAUUCAACGACCACACAAAGGGCCUUUCUAUGUUUCUCCAAAAUCUAUUGAUGAGCUCAUUGCAAACCUUGGGAAAUGGGCAAGGUGGUAUAAGUAUGCAUCCGUGGGUUUGACAGUGUUUGGCGUUUUUCUGAUUGCUAAGCGUUCUGUCCAAUAUCUAUUGGAAAGAAGGCGCCGCUGGGAACUGCAAAAAAGGGUUCUUGCUGCUGCAACUAAAAGAUCAGGGCAAGGCAGUGAAGGUUCAAAUGGAACAUCUGAGAAUGGAUCAGAUAGUACUAAGAGAGACCACAUAAUGCCAGAUAUAUGUGUGAUAUGCCUUGAGCAUGAGUACAAUGCUGUUUUUGUCCCGUGUGGUCAUAUGUGUUGUUGUACGGCAUGCUCCUCACACUUGACCAGCUGUCCUCUAUGCCGGAGACGAAUAGAACAGGUGGUGAAGACAUUCCGUCAUUGAAGUUAUGGGUAUGGCUCUACCCUAUAGCAACUGUACCAGAUGAAAAUACAUAAAUGAUCGGAAUCUUUUAUUUUUUAACAAUUUAAGAUUCUAGAGGAGUAAAAUUCGCUUCAUAAUGGCAAUCUGUUGAUAUCCUUUAUGUAUAUUCUUCAUAAUGACUCCUAUGUAUAAAUUAAGAGAUUCUUACAUCCCUCCUGAAAAAUGGUACCCUUACCUAACAUGGUUGUUUCAAUUGUUUUAACAAAGAUCCCAGUGAUAUGCAACGGUGCUAGUGUUGCCUAUCAUAGUGCUUUGCACUAUUUUGGUACUUAAUAAUAAUGGGAAUCCUCUAUUGUUAUAA